CCUCUCCCAGAGACGCCAAGCCGGUACCGAGCAGCUGGCAGAGGUUGUGGGUAGAGGAGAAGUGGACAGAGGGCAGAGAGGGGGACAGGAGAAGAGGAAUGAGGAGGUUUUUCAGAGUCCACAGGAAUGAGGACUACAGCCAGAUCCAGUAUCUCACCGCCAAGUGCACCCGCCUGUCACAGGAAAAUGCAGUGCUGGAGAGGGAGUGUGUGGCGGCCAGGGAGGGAGAGAGGGCACUGCAGGCUCAGAAGGACGGUCUGACCCUUCAGCUACGGCAGAAGGAACAGGCCAUCCUCGAACUGAGGGUCGAACACGACCAGCUGGUUAACCAGGUCAACCAGGAGAAGGAGCUGGUGGAGAUCCUAAAGCGCCGCGUGCGCUCCAUGGCGGAGGAGAGCUGUAAGGAGGCGGCCCUGCUGGGGCUGCAGCUGGAGCAGGUGGGCAGCGAGCUGCAGCUGCUGCUGGGCUCUGAGGCGCGGCUGGAGGGCCUGGUGGAGACCCUCAGGGCCCAGGCCAAGCACAGAGAGGCCCAGGUCAAGGGGCUCAAGGCACAGCUGCACAGCAAGAACCGGGAGUUGGAGGACGUCCAGGGUGACUACUCUUCCCUUACUCAGGAGCUACAGGACAUGCGCAGCGCCCACCACAGGACGGUGGAGGAACUGCAGCAUGAAAACGAAGGAAGCCUGCAAAAGCUGCGUGAAACGGCUGAGCAGUUUGAGUGGCUAUGUGAGCAACAGCGUAUCUGGAUGUGCGGCUUCAAAAGAUUCAAAGAUAGUCUCUCCGAGGAGAAGGAAUCCUUGAUUCUUCAAGUAGACAGGUUGCAAAAGGAGGUCACUGAACUGAGGAAAAGCUCGCACUCAUCAAUCCAGGACCCAGAGGAUGUGGACAUUCCACUUUACAGCCGAGAGACCCCCUGGGACGUGGACGUGAUGUCCGGCCUGCAGGCCGAGGUGGACAGGUGGAGGGGCAUGUACGAGGAGCUCUUCAGCAAACUCACGCCAACCCAGGGGGAGGACGCUGUCAACGGAUACCAGAAACCCCCGUGAGGACCCCGUGGAGAACCGACGUUCAGCUCUCCUUUUUUUUUUUUUCGGUGUCCCUCUUCAAACUUUUUCUCUUUUUGUCUUGGAGGCACUCCUAAUGCCGAGGCUGCUGUGGAUGGCUGAGUUCCCGGUGUAGUGGAAAAGCCCAUUCCCCUGGACUGUCCCUCUCUCUUUGUCUCUCUUUCUCUCUCUCUCUCUCUCUCUCUCUCUCUCUCUCUCUCUCUCUCUCUCUCUCUCUCUCUCUCUCUCUCUGUCUCGCCUGUCAUUACUCACCAAGCGUAAGAUGAGCAACUUGGCCUCCGAGAGGCUCUUCUGGGCCUGCGUCCCUGUAACCCGCGGCCUUGCGAUAGCGUGGACCUAAUGCACUUACCUCUGUAUUUAUCUGUUUGCUAUUGUCAUGUGUUGACUGUCUAAUAAGGAUUAUAAGCGCCUCCAAGACAGCCCAGGGACCUUUCUGUGGAUUGCUGUGCUUCCAAGUGAAAAAGCAGACACACAGUGGAUAACUUUGUUCGGAGAUGAUGUGACAUAGCGGAGAGUAGUGUUUGAUGUGUCUUGGCUAAAUGUAGUCCAACAACAUUGUCAUGUAAUCCUUUAGAUCCUUACUUGGCUACUUGAGAUUUGUUAAAUAAAUAAAGAUGUUUAUUUGAAGAGUACUAUGUCAGGAGCUACAUAACAGCACACUGCACAUUCUACUAUUUAUACAAUGCAGUGCUUAACUAGUGAUUUACUCUUUCCUACAU